CACUUGUUGGAGCAAGUCACGAAGCAAUGGCGAAGAGAGUACCUUACUAAUUUGCGCGAGCAAGCGUCCGUGAAGUCGAAAGCUAACGGCUCGGGUUCCUCCAUUUCCAAAGGGAACGUUGUUAUCGUAAAAAACGAGACGACACCAAGAGCGUUUUGGAGACUUGCACGAGUAGAACAGUUACUCCCAGGGAAGGACGGCAAGAUUAGAUCAGCGGUUAUUAAGCUUGGAGGUGGCAGCGCAAGCACGACAAGACGACUAAUCGAACUGCUGGUACCGAUCGAAGUAAAAUCAAGCCAACCAGAAAUCGUUUCAAACAAAGAUGAAGCGGUAGCUGAGAAAGAUGCAGCAGGUGAUGAAACCGCCGAAGGACGAAGUCGAAGCGGUUGUUGGUGA